CCCUUCCUCAGGCUGGUGGGGCUGUACGAAGUCGGAGAGGCCGAGAGGAAAGGAGAGGCUUCGUCUAACCGUGCCUUUGGGAAGCGGGGAAGAGACGCCUGCGGAUCCCGGCGAAGUUGUUGGGAGGGCGGCGGCGGCGGCGUUAGUGCUGCCUCUUUGGCCUCCUGUCUCCCCGGGACUGGCGGGAGACUGAGAUGAAUGGUUUCAGCACGGAGGAAGACAGCCGGGAUGGGGCCCCUUCCGCCCCUUUUUACGGACAGAGCUGCUGUCUCAUCGACGACGGGGACCGGUGCGUCCGCCCGGCUGGCAACGCCUCCUUUAGCAAGAGGAUCCAGAAAAGUAUAUCUCAGAAAAAGCUGAAGCUGGAUAUUGACAAAAGUGUAAGACACCUGUAUAUAUGUGACUUCCACAAAAACUUUAUUCAAAGUGUUCGAAACAAAAGGAAAAGGAAGACCAGUGAUGAUGGGGGAGACUCUCCAGAGCAUGAUACAGAUGUCCCAGAGGUUGACUUGUUCCAACUUCAGGUAAACACACUACGCCGUUACAAAAGGCAUUACAAAUUGCAAACCAGACCUGGCCUCAAUAAAGCUCAGCUGGCAGAAACUGUCAGCCGCCAUUUCAGAAAUAUCCCAGUGAAUGAGAAAGAGACCCUUGCAUACUUCAUCUACAUGGUAAAGAGUAAUAAGAGUAGACUAGAUCAUAAGUCAGAAAGCAGUAAACUGGAAUGAAGAUUAGGCAAGCUUUGGACACAAGCAAGUAUGAUAUUAAAGGUGCAUUAUAAGUAUUUUUCUAUACAUUAAAAGGCUUUUUUGUAAAUUAAAGUGUACAUUAGAAAAUAAUAUAGAAAACCUUGGUCCAGAAUAUAUGAUUCUAGAACGUAUGGGAAGACUUCUGCAUUUUCAAAGCCUAAUAAUUAACUGAGGGGAGAGAGAUCCCAGGAAAAAUCAAAAUAUCAACAACAGAGUAUUAAACAAAGUCUUGCAUGAUAUAAACCUUACAUGGGAUGAGUUUGCUAUCUUGAACUGGAUCAUAUUAUCUGGAGGCUUAGCCCUGGAAUUUGGAAACAAAAAAUCUUAAUCAGUAAAUGUGAUAUUACUUUUCUCAUGUUUUCAUGGAUGUUGGAGGUUUCUAAAACUACCCUUUCUGUAUGUUCCAUGGCCAGCUGGGAAGAGACAAGUCUUGGUUGGCAAAUAUUAAAAUUAGCCAGCCAUGCUGAGUUGCUAAUCUGUUAGAACAUUUGUGUCAUUCAUAAUACAAAAUGUUGAACUGUUAAGUAUUUCAGUUCUUCAGAAACAGUUUUGUUGAAUGGAGAGCCGCUAUGAUUUUAAUAUGUUGUCUGCUCUUCUGGAGUUUGAGAUGUAUGUUUUGAGUGUCUUCACAAUGAUGCUCAAAAUGGGUUAAUUUAUUUUGCUGUGGGUUUUAAUCCAUAUGCAAACUACCAGAUUAAGUUUAUAACUGGAUGUUGUUAGGAAGCCAUUUCAUCAUAAACUCAAUCUUAUUAAAGCAUAAAAAAUAGGUAACCCUUCACUUUAAUGGCCUGUGUGAUCCUCUGAGACUUGAAUGCAUGCUACAUAGAAUAGCAGUGAUGGUAACAUUUUUCCUAAAUGUGAGUUGGUUUUAGCAAUGAUGUGUAUGAAUUUAAUUUCAGCGGUGAGAAUUGAUGCCGCCUAUUUGCCUGUCCUAAAUGCACCUAACUGAAUUGUGUCAUAACAAAUCACGUAAAGUUUCUGUUGUCUUAAAUUUCUUGCAACUGUUCAUGCCAUCCCAAUUCAGAAUUCAGUGUGCACUGCAGUUUACACACAUACAAUUUUCCCAUACUGUUCUGUGUUAGAGGCACCAUCUGACAUAGCCUCCAACCUGUGGCCAACAAGCCUUUUUAAUCUGUCAAGUGCUUACUCCUUGCUUCUAAUUCCAGAUUUUUUUGCCCCAGGCAAAUUUCAUAAGCAGAUUUGUGAGAAAGCCAUAUGAGCUGUUCUCUGCAAAGUAAGCCACAAAAGAAGACUUGAUCCAAAGGACAGAAGAAUUGUGUUACUAUUUCUGUUAUUUCAGAUUUUAUUCAUGGUAAAUCUUGAAACAGUGCCAUCUCAGUUGUCAACUUUGGUUUUUUAAAAUUGUGGUCCUAAGCACUUGGCCUUGCAUACUGAUGAGGUGGUAGAUAAAGAAAUAGUUUAAGGUAAGAUGCCAAGAGUUUGCUCUGAGGAUGAUUUCUCAAAUGAGAAAAUUACAGGAAGGCAUUCAAGUGUCACAGGUAUUGUUACACAACUAAAUUGUCCUUUGAUGAAUGACCAAAGGGAAGGAACCUGCCUAAUUUAGUACUUCAUAUAUUUGCUGUGAAAAGAUAUAAGGAAGUAGCCACCCAUUUUAAAAAUCUUAGUUCUGACAAGGUAUGUGAAAACCUGCACUUUAUUUCAAAGAGUAUGAAGUGAGUUCACAUACAACAAUGUACGUUUGUUUCUGUUGGGAACAGAUGGGUAAGAAACAUCAAGUGUGUGUAUCACCAAUGCAUAGUUUCCCAGUUAAUUAAACGUUAAGAGUUUACAUUUUUUGGAAGGCUCAUCAGAGAAUAUGUAAAUUUAGUACAUCAUACUUCAGCAGACGUAUAGAUAUGUAAGUAGAAACAGUGCUGAAAUACCUCAGAUCUCUACUUUGCAUUUUGAAUUUCACAAGAGUUGUUCUACUUCCCUGUGCGUUGAAAUAAUGAAUUAAACUAGCCAUAAGAUCAGUUAAAUAACCUUUAAAAUUGAGGGCUUAAUAAAAUAGUAUUUUAUUAUUUGUAAGUUCAUAUUGUAUAGCUUGGUGACCAUGGCAAAAUUAUUCUAAUUCAAGCACCAUAUGCCUCACUUCUAGACCAAAAAUUUAAACCAUUUAGUGUUAUAGAGUUAGGGCUUAUUUUUAUAAAGCAAAUAACUGCAGAGUUUCAGAAUGACUGUAAAAUCAAAUGCAGUGGCAGGUGCUCUAUCUGCAGAAGCUGCUUUAAAAAUCAGCUAAAGAAAUUUCUCAAAUUAAUUGGUGAAAAAGUUGAUAUACCAUAUAUCGACAAAUUAAUAUCUUCAAGAUGAAGAGAUUGCAAAAUCUCACCAUCAGAUCUGAGGAACAGUGGAUGUUCUGAUCCUUGAGUCCUGUUGCCUUUUAUAGACAUCUGUACAUGCCUUAUUCCCAGCUAGAACAAGUGUUGAUCUAAUGUCUUGGCAGCAGGGUGGAUUUGAUUUAAAUCAAUUUGAUUUUUUAAAAAUUAUUUUUAUCCACCCUGCUUGGCAGCCAGAAUUAGCCACUUUCAUGACUUAUUGUGCUAGAAACAAAUCCUGUUAACAGCAAUAUCUAUAUUCAGGGAGAAGUCUGUGGUCCUCAAACAUCUUGUUUUAAAUCACUGAGAAUGCCAUAUUGCAGUUGUUUAGUAAAAUGGCAGAUUAUUCUGUAUGCCGUUUAAGGAAACUUUUCAGUUCCUUGUGGUUUUAAUAAAACCUUCAUCAGCAUUUUUGAGCUUCAAAGGGUAUAAAUUCUUAAGCAAUGGCUAAAAUUAAUAGAAUACAUGAGAACAUGGUCACAUUGACAUGUUCGUAAAUACAAACUGGUGGACUGUAUUUUAUUGUCAUUGUUGUCAAAUACAUGUGGGGUUAAAGCUAUUCAACAGUGAUCCUCAGUCCAGAGAGUAAAUGUUUCCACACAUAGGGCUUCGUAGUGAAAUAUCAUAUUGCUAACCAUAUUUAUUUUGAACAGAACUUUCUCCAAACAAAAAGAUCUGUUUGAAGCCUCUAAACUCAUUUAAAAACCCACUUUAAUUCUAGAAGAAGGGCCAUAAUUGUUUUAAUGGCUUUGCAUCAGAGCCGAAGACCUUACUGUGGCACAUCUUCUAUAAUGAGGUUAACUUCAUCAAAGAUGGUGGUGGUCCUCAGUGUGUUAGUUGUUAUACUUGUAGUGGUAGCACCAGCACAUUAAUUUUCAUUUAUCCCUUAAAUUGAAUGAAGGAAAGAGCAAAGGGAAGGGGGAAUGUGCAAUCAAGAUCACAGGAAUGGGAUGACACAUCUAUGAAUAUGUAAAGCAGUCAGACCCAAAUGAGAAGAGGUCUCACCCAUUUCAGCUUACAGUGGGUUUCUGAAAUGUAAAUAUUACAUAUCAAACUUACAUGUUAAAAUUUCAACAUUUGUCUUACAAGACAGUGUCAUCAGUUAAGAUUCAAAAGGGGACAGUUGUGAAGUUUUGCAGAACAUUUGAGUCUUGGAGUUGGAGUACUAAACCAAAUACUGUAGUUUGCUUCCUGUCACCUGAAAAAAUUGUCAGUAAAAAUAGUGUGAGUAGUCCUGUAGAUCAUCUUAAAGCCUAUUGCCCAUGGCAAGAUUAUUUUUCAGAUUUUGAAAUCAGAAUAAAAGCAGCAAUGAGCAAGGUAUAGCUCAGAAAGGUAGCUGUUGGUGACUUGUGUGAAAGAAGACUUAAUAAACAGUGUUCUUAAUUUAAUAAUAGAUUAGCCAAAUGCAAAUACAUGGGGAAGAAGGGGAGAUUGGGAACCUUGCACUUUACCUUGUGUUGAUAAAUUGUAAUGUAAAUUAAAUAAAAACUCUUGAUAUGAUUGAGAAGAAAACAUCUUGGUAAAGGUGUUUGCCUUAGAAAGCAAUCUUAUGUUCAGUGCACUAGUGUCAAUUCACUCUACACAUUGAAGCAAGAGAUUGGCAAAUCUUCAGAAAAGAAGAAUUUAUGCUAAGAGAAUUGAUUAAAUGGCCCUAAUACAAGAAAGCAGUUAAUACCCAACAUGCUCUACUGUGAUUCUACAUGUGUGUAUAGAUUUUUAAAAUGUGAUCAUUAAUGGUGCAGGGUAAUUCUUGCUCUUCUGUGAAAUUUACCCAUUCUCAAUUAUUUUCAGUUCUUUAAUUAGGUAUUAAAUUAUAUAUGUUUGUGGAGGGAAAUGGGCUUAUGCCUUAAACUCAGAUUUUCAAUGAAACAAGACUUAUGAAUUAUUUAGCAAUAGGUUUUUCUGCAGUUAAUUUUUACCUCUCUCAGCCAUAGGCUUAUGGAGCUUGCCUUUUUUAAAAUUAUGUUGCCUUCAUCCCUCCUGUCUUGUCCUGCUGCACGCUAGAAAAAGAGAAACACGUAUUGGCUAAUGUGUUUUUAUCCCCCUUUGAGGCUUACUGGAAGAAAGAUUCCUUUUGCCUUCAUUCAGUCUGGUGGAUCUUUAUGUGUUGUAUUGAUCUUUAUGCCAAAUGUUUUGGAUAAACUUGUAUUUUUAAUUGUGAAUUAUAAUUGUGUACUCGCAAAGCAAUCUAUUAACUUAUAGUAAAACCAUACAGUUCUUUUCUCUGAGGUGUGUAGUGCAUUCUUCCUUCCACUGUGUGUAAGACUUAAAACUGUACUGUUGCAUAAAGAUGUAAAUGGCUGAGAUUCAUUUCUAAUAAAUGAUCCGUUGAACAACCA